AUGACAUUUUACACGUCGCCUCUGUCCCCUUUCCUCCACGACGGGUUGGUUGGCACAGUCCGAGGCAAGACUUUUCCAAUCCUUCUGAUCUCCCUGAAACCGACCCCGGAUUUUCGCAUUAUAAGAGCUUGGUACGUACUUCGUACUUUUGACCUCCGCGGUCUGCGACAAGUCGAAGCCAUUGUCGAAGCGCGCCGGGAAGUCCGGUCUUCCUCGUCGCGGCCAUGGCUCUUCAAACCACCGUCGCGAAAGUGUCCUCGACCGGCCUCAGAAUAUGCGCCGUGCUCUUUUUCAGAUUUGUUCGUGUCCGUUGUUCCCUACUAUUCCCCCUCGCAUACUAACGAGAUUGCACAUUUCCCGUCCAUCACUUUCGCGCUCUUCGCCAUCUACCUGCCCGCAUUCGUGGCCAGCUACUUUACCGAGCCUAAUGUGGAUAUCGUCAAAGACGAGGUCAAUGUCACGGUCAAGGAAACGACGGCCACGCCUGAGACACCCCUCCUGACCGAUGACGGGGUUGCUGUGGAGCAGGAACCCGCUGUCGUGGCCGAGGAAAUCGACGUCGCGGAGACCAUUGUUGUCGAAGAGAAGACGGUUGCGCCGUGGAAGAUCCUUGCACUUGGCGCUCCAAGCUCGAACAGUCCGAGACUGUCCAUUGCGACGCUCCUCAUCAACUUGCUGCUGGUCGCCCUUACGGGCGACGCGCUGUUCAGGGCCCGGUGGUACUACCCAUCCCACGACCUGUCUUUUGUUCGCCUUGGAUAUGUCUCUCCAACUGAGGCCAAGUUCUUGAUCCGCGAGCCCGACCAGAGCAAGAUGCCAGUCACCCUGGAAAUCCGCAUCCUGGACCCGGAGCCGCCCUUUGACAAUCCCUUGUGGCAGACCGGCGGCGGCGUCCGGUGGACGACCAACGAGACCGACUUUACCGGAUACAUCACGGCUCAGCUGAGACACUCGGAGCAGAGACGGUACGAAUGGCGGACAUCGAACAACCACUCUGGGGAGUUUCUGGCGCCACCAAAAGCAGGGGUGACAUCCAGGUACAAUGACGGAAAGUUCACGUUCCUUUCCACUUCUUGCAUCCUGCCUCGCUUCCCGUACAACCCAUUGGACCACGCGCUGGCCAUCCCGGGCCUGCGUCACUUGGCGAAUAAGCUGCCGGAUCUUGGCGCUCAGUUUAUGCUGUUCCUCGGAGACUUCAUCUAUGUCGACGUACCGGAGAGAUUUGGCAAGUCGGCCGAGGAGUAUCGAAUGCAGUACCGCCAAGUAUAUGCCUCUCCAGACUGGGCCCCUGUGGCUCAGAACCUGAGCUGGAUUCAUGUCUUGGACGACCACGAGAUCUCCAAUGACUGGUCAUCCAACACCACUGGCAUCUACAAAUCCGCCAUUGACCCGUGGAACAUCUACCAGGCUGAUGUCAACCCUCCGAGGUCCCGAGACGCCUCGAGCAGGUUACGGAAGCGCACCGGUGUGACAUGGUUUGAGUUUACUCAAGGGCCUACGAGCUUCUUUAUGCUGGACACGAGGAGCUACCGAUCCAGCAAUAACCAGCCCUUCGACGAUACCAACAAGACAAUGCUGGGUCAGGAUCAGCUGGACGACUUCUUGGCGUGGUUGGCGCGGCCAGAGCCCAAUGGGGUCAAGUGGAAGUUUGUCGCUUCGUCUGUGCCGUUUACGAAGAACUGGCCUGUCAACGUCAAAGACACAUGGGGCGGGUUCCUGGUGGAGCGGAAGAAGAUUCUCGAGGCCAUGUGGGAAGCCGGCGCGCGAGGCACCACUGUGGUCAUUCUAUCUGGAGACCGGCACGAGUUUGCGGCAACCAAGUUCCCCCCUCCUCCCGAGUCGAGGUGGCCCGAGAGUGCUACCGCGUUCGAGUUUUCGACGAGCCCUCUGAACCAGUUCGCGUCGCCGAUACCCUCCUACAAGCAGACGGACAGCGAGGACAUUAAGUUCUAUAUUCCUUCGGGCUCGUCCAAGUUUGGGUCUUUCACAAUCGAGGAGGUCUCAGGGGAGAGCACACUGCAAUACCACCUGUACAUCGACGGACAGGAGAGAUGGAGCACGCUGCUUGUUGAGCCGCCCGUUGCGGAGGGCUUCAGCUCAGGCAAGUCAUUUUUAAAUAGGCUGCAAGACAUUUUUGGGUAG